AUGAAUAAGACAAGGGCUGUUAAUGAUGGUUUUCCUUUCCUGAACAGUAAGAACUUGAGCUCAAACCGAAGCUUCCCUGUGCACAUUUCUAAUCAGUGCAGGAAUAUCACUGACCUUACUGUCUUUUUGGCCACAUCUUACAGCCUGGAGACUGUCCUAGGCAUUGUGGGAAACAUCUGUCUGAUUGCUGUCAUCGCCAGGCAGAAGGAAAAGGCCAAUGUCACCAACAUCUUAAUUUCCAACUUAAUAAUUUCAGACUUGUUUAUGUGUCUUGUCUGUCUGCCUUUCACCGUUGUUUACACCAUGAUGGACUACUGGAUAUUUGGGGAAGUCAUGUGCAAAAUGACCUCUUUUACUCAGUGCACCUCUGUGACAGUGUCAAUUCUUUCCCUUGUCCUUAUUGCUCUGGAAAGACACCAGCUCAUCAUAAACCCAACUGGCUGGAGGCCACGUAUCUCCCAAGCCUAUCUAGGAAUUGGAGUAAUUUGGACUUUAGCAUGUCUCAUGUCCCUACCUUUUUUGACCACAUCCAUCUUGUCUAAUGAUUUGUAUGAGCAGCUCUCACACAUCAUGAAUUUUUCCACUGACAAGGUCAUAUGCAUUGACUCAUGGCCUUCUGAGCAACACAGACUUAUCUACACUACCACUUUACUGCUCUUGCAAUAUUGCAUCCCACUGUUCUUCAUUAUACUUUGCUACCUGCGCAUCUAUUUACGUCUACAGAAGAGAAAGGACAUGUUUGAGAAGAGUGAAUACAGCAACCGAGCAGUUCAGCUGAGAAGGAUAAAUAUUUUGUUAGCAUCCAUGGUUGCUGCUUUUGCCGUUUGCUGGCUACCACUGCAUGUUUUCAACACCAUUGUGGACUGGAAUUACAAAAUCAUUUCACCCUGCCACCACAAUCUGAUCUUCUCAUUGUGCCACCUGGUAGCUAUGGCUUCCACCUGUGUCAACCCUGUUAUCUAUGGUUUCCUAAAUAGCAACUUCAAAAAAGAAGUGAAGUCACUGAUUCUGAGCUGCCAGCACAAUUCAGUAACUGCAUCAAUGGAAGAAUAUGAUCAUUUCCCCUUAUCCACCAUGCAGACUGAAAUCUCUAAGGGCUCACUGAUGUUGAACUGCAGGCAUAAUUCUAUCUAG